AUGGCCGCCGAAAGCCAAGCACACCCCAGCGGCGGCGCCUCCGGACAGGGCGCCGCCCCUCUCAGCGGGCAGAUCAAGGCCCUGACAUUUGACGUCUUCGGCACCGUCGUGGACUGGCGCACCUCGAUCGAGGCCGCCCUCACCCACGCCCUGGCCGCCAAGGUCGCCUCCCCGGCCUUUCCCACCCUGCCGCCCGCCCUGCAGGCGCGCGCCCGCGAGCUCCUGGCCACCACCGAUGGCGGCGCGGGGACGGUGGCGCGCCAGCUACGGCGCCUUCACGCGCGGCUUUGA